CAACCAGACAAUGAACCAUGGUCACCUCAUGUCUCGCUCUAUCAAUACAUGAUCAGCAUUAUUAUUAUGACUCACUACCAAGAGAAAGCCUAAUGAAAUGCAUAUAUAUAGGUUACACAGUAGUCAAAUGCAAUUGUACAGUUUUAGAAAUUGACCCAUCAACAGUCCUAUGCUCACCAUCUCAAAGUCGACUUAAGACCUCCUUUUUCAGUUUAUCAGAGCCUUAGUCAUGGAUAAUCUAUCCUUUAGUACAGUCAUAUAUCUGCCUUUGAAAAACUUACCACUAUGGCGUUAGACAUAUCUCGGGGUGAGGGACUCCUUCUCAACCCUCGUGGCCCCAACGGACCUCCGAUAACAGCAAAUGGCAUCGAUUUCUCUCAAACCCCCUUAUCGGAUCAAUAUACCCCCUAUUUUGCAAUGACAAUAGACAAUCUCCUUACUCCAGAAGAAUGCGCUGCUGUCUUAGCAUCCGCAGGCUCAGAUUGGAAGAUGCUAAAUAAAGGGGACUCAUGGCGCGAGUGUGAGAGAAUCUACUCUGUAUCGCCGGAAUGGGCCUGGGCUCUUUCCGAGAGGCUGAUGCCAUACCUUCCCGAAGAUGUGAAAGUCUUGAGAAAGGGUGAUGUGUUAGCCGAGAAUAUUGCAGGCCUAUCCAACCUCAGGGCCAGUCAGGGAGCUGCUAAGACAGUCUGGAGACUCAAUGGGGCUAACGAGAGGCUAAGCUUCCUGCGUUACCAUCCCGGGAAUCACUUCAAGUCGCAUUGCGAUGCGUUAUACUCGCCCAGUGACAAAGAGAAGAGUUUUCUUACGUGUCAGAUAUACUUGAAUGAUAUGCCGAGGGGAGAAAACCUAGGAGAGAGUUCUGGUGGAGAGACGAGGUUCUGGCCAAGUCGUGUGGGUACAGGAAGGAAGAAGAAUUCCAAUAACAUGGAAAAGGAAAGUGAGCUGCAAAUUGAAGAUGAAGCAUUCUUGGAUGUCGAGCCUAAGAUGGGUCGAGCCUUGGUUUUCCAACAGCGUAUGCUAUGGCAUUCUGGACAGGAGGUCAAAAAUGGAGAGAAGUUCACUGUCCGGCUGGAUUUGAUGUAUGAACACCACUUUGAGAAAUUUUCUAGAUAGAGGCCCUUAUUUCACGGAUAUUAUGUCAAUGUGUGACUAUAUUAUAUCAGUUUCGAG